CUCUGUUGUGAGAGCCAGGAUUAUAUAGUGGAGGGUGUGGUGCUGACUGAGGUAUCAGAGGUACUAAGUCUAUUCAGUCUGAGUGACAAGACAGCAGCCUAUAAAAUGCAGUGAAGCCUUCCUGUGCCUCAUUCACUUAUCAGUGCUACUGGAUGUAACAGAUUGUAUCUUCAGGAGCCUUCUAUUUUCUUAACAAGGACAGUAACACCUGCCUGCUUAAUCACCUCAGAUUUGUUUUCACAAUGGAUCUCUCCACCUUUUAUGUCUUGACAGCCACACUGGUUUUAAUGUUUGAAAAAGAAGCUUCUUCUGUGUCCAUUGGGGUUGCUUUGUCCAAUUCUGAGGGGGUCCCGUUGACUGUACUCACUCACAAAGCUCCUCAUCGGGAGAAACGCUGUUCCUGUGAAAACCUAAAGGACAAGGAAUGUGUAUAUUUCUGCCACAUUGGCAUUGUAUGGGUCAAUACUCCAGGACAGGUUGUUCCAUAUGGUGUGGGGAAUUCCCCAAUACGUCUUAAAAGAGAUGCAGCAAGAUGUCUUUGUGAUGGCAAUAGUGAUACAACAUGUCUGCAUUUUUGUGUGAUGCCCAGCCUGGUGCAAGAGCAAAACACCUCCAAAGACUCUGGACAGAACAAGAACAACAUUUUCCAAAGCAAUACUACACAUAACAAAAGAGAACACAACCCAAAAUACAGGCAUGUGCUUAAAAAACUCAGUCAUGUUCCCAAAAUACCUAUUUUUUUAAGAAGAUAAAAAAGAGUGAAAAUCAGCAUAACCCUGAGAACGCAAUGCUUACAGAAGAAGAACUUAAGAAGAACAUGAAAGGAUGGGAUACUAAAUCAUGUUAUUCAUGGAAAUAUUGUACUGGUGGAGGAAGUGUCUUUUGCAUUGCCCCAUGGGGCAUAGUACAAUUACAUUGCACAUAACUACUGGCCACAAAGCAUGCUUCUGAGAGUGUACUGAAAAAAAUGACAGUGGAAGUGUGUAUAGUGAUAACACAAUUGUUUUCAAUCUGCAUCCCAACACAUUUAAAUUUUGUAUUUAUCAAUACAAAUUUGAAAAGGCUUUUAUUCUGGUUGGUUCAAGAUGCACACCUUUACUGUAUUGGUAUCUAAUAGAAGCAGUCGCUACCUGCAUUUGUUGUGUAUGCUUUCAAAUAGAUGUGGCAAUAUAGUUGUCAUUUAAGAAAAUUGUGUUUUAUUAAGUGGCGUCAACAUUAAGUACAUAGACAUACAGGUAUGUUUUGCAUGUCCUAAAAAGUGAAUUGGAUACCCACAAGUGAAGGAACCCAGCUCAAACGGAAUUAUUAUUCAUUUUAAUAUUUUUUUGAAAACUUGAACAAUUAUCCUAAAACUGGGGUUGGUUAACUCCAAUUGAUACAUUAUAGUUCUAGUAUUUUGGGCAUUGUAAUGACCCAACCGCAUCUUGAUACAUCUGUUACAUAUGCAACAAAUACUGUAUGUAUUCCAAAAAUGUUAGAAUGCUUUUAUUUAUAGCGGAACGGUGUAGCUGGCAUUACACAGCAAAAAACCUGAACAUACAUAGCAAUAUUUUUGUAAAAUACAUACGUAUGUUAAAAAUCACACUUCCACUAAAGUAUAAAAUAUUUGGUAAAGGAUAAGUGUUUUGCCUUAAAUCAAAUCAAUAUUCUUAUACAUUAUUUUUUAGAUGAUAUUGUUAUGUACUGUUACCUUUAAAGAGGUUUCACUCAAAUUGCAUUUCUUACCUGAAAUCUGCUCCACUGAUUAUCUAUGCACUUUUUUCAAUCUUGGCUCUAAAUGCAUGUACUACCCUGCUCACUGCCAAUGUCUAAGAGCCCUGUGCUUCUCUUUCCCAGAAUCCUACUGGACAAUGCUAUUGCAAUGCAGUCGGGAAUUCAAAUCUAAAUGCUUUAUGUGCAUAAUACAAUCAAUACCCCAAACGAAGAACGAACACUGAUAUUACACUAGACGAAACAAGUCAGAUUGACCUCUGUUUCAGAGCCCCUGCAGCACAGCAGUCAGGACAUGCAGAUAGCUGUAAAAUGUAAAGGCAGUUAGUCUUACAAAGCCCCCAUGUGACUUCCCCUUGUGAGACUGAACAGUGUUAGCAAAAGAGGAAAAGGAGGUUGUAUAUCAAUAUAGAAAAUAUUGUAAGAGUGUCAGUGCAUAACAGCCCAGAUGAUACUGAAACCCUUUUAUGCAGAAUCCUCUCCAAGCCCUAACUGGAAUUUCUAAAUGAAAAACUGGAAAAUUGGCAUCAUUGUGAAAAUGAAUGACUUGCUGUACAUCAAGGAGCAGCCCAAAGCCUCUCUUCCUUUCUGUUUUCUUUUUCAUAUGGUUCUUUAUAAACAUGCUUUAGCACCAAGAGCAAUACAGCUCUACAUUGUUAUAUUUACGCAAUUAAAAACUAAAUAUGUAUAUAUUAUGCUAUAUAAGCUGAAUUGUGCUGUUUUUCUAUGAAAUAUAUUUAAUAAAAUAUUUAAAUAUGUAUUGAAUGAUGUAAAAACAAACAGAAAACAAAUGAAAAAGCAAAAAUCAAAGUUGUGGUAAAGCUCUAUACAAUGUUGUAUUGUUUUGCUGGCUGAUAAUCAGACCACUGUC